AUGACGGCUUGGACGCGUCUGGUCGUGGGCUUUCUGCUGCCUCAGCUUCUGGUUGCAUCGCCCGUGCCAGAUGCUGCCCCCGACUCGGUGAAAGUCGAACAACGCGACGAUGAAUCCGUGGAUUAUCAAUCACCGCCAUACUAUCCCACUCCGCAUGGCGGGUGGGUUUCUGACUGGGCCGAGGCCUACGAGAAAGCAUAUCAAGUGGUCAGCAACAUGACACUCGCAGAGAAAGUCAACUUGACAACAGGAACCGGCUUCUUCAUGGGGCCCUGUGUGGGACAGACGGGGAGCGCGCCACGAUUCGGCGUCCCGAACAUCUGCCUCCAGGACUCGCCGUUGGGUAUCCGAAACUCCGACCAUAACACGGCAUUCCCGCCUGGGAUCACGACAGGUGCGACGUUUAACAAGGAGCUUAUGUACGAGCGGGGCGUUGCGCUUGGCGAAGAGUCUCGAGGCAAAGGCGUCAACGUACAGCUGGGCCCCGCUGUUGGCCCCCUGGGACGAAAGCCUCGAGGUGGCCGGAUCUGGGAGGGUUUUGGCGCAGACCCGGUUUUGCAGGCGGUUGGAGGCGCGCAGACGAUCAAAGGCAUGCAAAGCACGGGAACGAUUGCGUCGAUGAAGCAUUUCAUUGGCAACGAGCAAGAGAUGUAUCGCAUGAGCAGUAUUAUUACCAAGGGAUACUCUUCCAACAUCGACGAUCGAACCCUGCAUGAGCUGUAUCUCUGGCCCUUCGCGGAAGGUAUCCGCGCAGGAGUCGGCUCUCUCAUGACUGCAUAUAACGAUGUAAAUAGCUCCGCCUGCAGCCAAAACAGUAAACUCCUCAAUGGCAUUGCCAAAGAUGAGCUUGGUUUCCAGGGAUUCAUCCUGACUGACUGGUUGGGCCAUUAUUCUGGCGUGGCAUCUGCCCUUGCUGGUCUAGACAUGUGUAUGCCGGGUGACGGAGCGGUUCCUUUGUUUGGUGACAGUUACUGGGGCUCAGAGCUGUCUAGGUCGAUCUUGAAUGGCUCGGUUCCAGUUAACAGACUGAACGACAUGGUUACUCGAAUUGUGGCUACAUGGUAUAAAUUUGGCCAGGAUAAGGACUACCCUCUGCCCAACUUCUCUACCAACACCCAAGAUGAGACCGGUCCUCUAUAUCCAGGGGCCCUCUUCUCGCCCAGCGGCGUCGUCAAUCAGUUUGUCAACGUGCAAGCCGACCACAACGUCACUGCUCGAGCAGUUGCGCGCGAAGCAAUCACGCUGUUGAAAAAUGACCAAGGAAUCCUCCCAUUGCGACGAAACGACAGCCUCAAAAUUUUCGGAUCGGAUGCAGGAGGGAAUUCUGACGGCUUGAAUUCCUGCAGUGAUCAAGGGUGCGAUAAAGGCGUUCUCACCAUGGGCUGGGGCAGCGGAACUGCGAGACUACCCUACCUUAUCACCCCCCAAGAGGCGAUAGCAAACAUCUCAAAGAAUGCCGAAUUCCACAUUACCGACUCUUUCCCAUCUGACGUGACUGCUACAUCGAAGGACAUCGCCCUUGUUUUCAUCAACGCCGAUUCCGGGGAGAACUACAUUACCGUUGAGGGCAAUCCUGGAGAUCGUACCGCCGCUGGACUGAAUGCUUGGCACAAUGGGGAUGACCUCGUCAAAGCUGCAGCGCAGAAGUUUUCCAAUGUUGUGGUCAUCGUUCACACGGUGGGCCCUAUCCUUAUGGAAGAAUGGGUUGAUCUUAAGUCUGUCAAGGCUGUGGUUGUAGCACAUCUGCCCGGUCAGGAAGCCGGAAAUUCGCUCACGGAUGUUCUGUUCGGCGAUUACAGCCCUAGCGGUCAUCUGCCCUAUUCGAUCCCGCGCAGCGAGUCUGAUUACCCCGACAGCGUGAGUAUCAUCAACCAACCAUUUGGUCAGAUCCAGGACACCUAUACCGAGGGUCUCUAUGUGGACUACCGACACUUCAUCAAUGCCAACAUCACCCCGCGAUACCCAUUCGGCCAUGGUCUGUCAUAUACCACUUUUAAAUUCUCCAACCCCACAAUCUCAGAGGCAACCGCACUAGACAGUGCGUAUCCGCCCGCGAGGCCCUCAAAGGGAUCAACCCCGGUAUACAACGACUCCAUCCCGUCGGCUUCCGAAGUCUCAUGGUCCUCAACAACAUUCACUCGCAUUUGGCGCUAUCUCUACCCCUACCUUGACAACCCACAAUCCAUCACCGCAUCAAAUGACUACCCCUACCCAGAGGGCUACAACACAACGCAACCGGAGCCUCGCGCUGGGGGCGGGCAGGGUGGCAACCCGGCCAUUUUCAAGACCGCGUUCACCGUCCAGGUCCAAGUCACCAACAACGGUGCUCGAAAGGGCAAGGCCGUACUCCAACUCUAUGUUGAGCUGCCAUCUAGCCUCGGUCUCGAUACACCUUCGCUCCAGCUGCGGCAGUUCGAAAAGACCAAGGAACUGGCCCCUGGCCAGUCCGAGACUGUUACUCUCGAGAUCACUCGUAAGGACGUAAGUGUCUGGGAUGUCGUGGCACAGGACUGGAAGGCUCCGGUCAAUGGCGAAGGCGUCAAACUGUGGAUUGGUCAAAGCGUGGCCGACCUUCCCAUUGUUUGCGUUGUCGGUGGACAGUGCUCUUUUGCAUGA